AAUCGAUACAAUCACGUGUCGCUGCACGUCGUCCUGUACACAUUCCGCCCCAGCUCUCAUCACUUCACACUUCGACAGUAAAAACACAAGCGCAAGACUGUCGCCAUCGCUGGCAUGGGGGCUGGCGAACGCCUCGCUAUGCCGCGCUUCCUGCGCGAAACUUCCCGCGAGCAACGUACGCCCGACGUGGCUCCAUCCUCUUCGUCCUCGUCUCCGUCUCCGGCGUCACCUAGCGCAGGCGAAUCGGAGCCCUCGAUGGUGGAGGAGCUCCAGCGCCGCAAAGCCGCCUUCCUGGCGCAUUUCAAGAGCAACAGCACUCCUAUCCCCAAUGGCGAGGACGGCGCAGCGCCCACAGCCUCGGACUUCGGCAGCACGCGGUCGCUGGACGUCUGCAUGGGCCCACAUAGCGCGGACUCGAAGUGUCACGUGUGCAAUGCCCCGCUCCGACUUUUGCGACUCCGGCAUCGAUGCCGUAACUGCGGACAGGCGGUAUGUGGCGUGCACAGCAAGAAUCAAGUGCCUCUGCCUCACCUGGGCAUCAUGAAGGAGGUGCGAGUGUGCGACUUGUGUACGAGGCAAUUAGUGCAGCGACGAGCUGGAUAUCGCAGUCCAAAGAGCUCGAGGAUUAGGCAGAACUCGAACCCCAAUGUGGAGCGAGAGAGCGACCCGGAGCUGUCACCGCUGGCAGGAGAGAAGAUCCCGACGUCGAUGACGCUGCCAGCCUUUGGGAUGGAUCGAAACCCGUCGGUGGACAAUGAAGUGGCUGCAAUUGGGACUCCGGAUGUGAGUAGUCGAGGAAGUUUCAGUCUGAACACGCUGGGUGGCGGUCUGACGAGCAGUAGCACCCAUGCAAUGCCCGGCAUCUUGUACAGUUGCUUGCUGGAGGAGCAGGACAAUACGAUGGACGAGAUUCUGUACCUGGGAACUUUUACGAUGGGUGGACGAUCCCUAGCGAGUCGUCGUAUGAGUGCGAAUGUGGCGUUGUGGAAGUGGCGGAUCUUCAUGCUAACGACGGCCGAGAUGCUGUGCUUUAAGGCGACAGGGUCGAUCCCUGAUGAUGAUACGGCUUCGAUGUCGGCCAUGGCGUUGGGUGAGGUGCGCUCGACUGUUCAUCUGUCGGAUAUUCUGCACAUUGAAGUGAACGAUCAGUUCCCACGGAUUCUCACAGUGAUCCGCUCGGAUGGGCGAGUAUUCCGUGUGCGAGCACGCACACCGGAGCAGUGCACGGAGAUCGCUGCGACGCUACGUAAGGCCAUGCAACUCUUCCAGGACGCGCUCUUCAAGCUACAGCGUGGGCCACAACCAGAAGACAAUUCUAUCAGUUGUGUGACUGUCCAGCACGAAUCAUCACUGCCAGAGAGUGUUAUUGUGAGCAACCCAGCGGUCGGUGAAGCCUUCCAAGUGGAGAUGUAUCCUUCGAGUAUCCUCCGAUUCUACGUGAAUGGUCCUUCGGCUAAUGGUACGGCACUUUUCUCGCGCGAAAUGCUAACUCGUGGCAAACAGGAACGUCCACCUGUUGUAGUGGAGGCUGAGCCAUUGGGAAAUGGUCCUCGAGAUGAUCACGUGCUUCAUGUUGCGGUUAAAACAGAGAAGGCCGUUGGAAGCUUGGAAGGCGCAGAGGAGACCAACAGACGCUUCUGGGGACUGACAUCAUUCCUGGCAGCUGUAGCUGCUGUCAUGAACUCGAUGGAUAACGGCUCGUUUGAGCUGUUGGCUUGGCUGUCGGCUCUCGUUCUGUUCCUUACACGCUUUCACGAGCGUAUCAGCUUACUGCUCACAACUAGAAGAUUCUCGCGGGCUCAACAAUUACGAGUCGAAUGUGUCAGUGUCACGAUGGGAAAAAGCGAAGGUCCAUCCGAGGGCGACGAUGAUGACCACGGCGAAGAACUCGAGCUGGAUAACCGCUUCUUGGCAGGCUGUGAAGGUGACGUCGAGGAAGCGAAGGAGCGGUACGCGGCCACAAUGAAGUGGCGGAAAGAACACGACGUCGACACGAUUCUUUUGCGCCCGUCGCACGUGUUCACGGACAUGAAGGAGUGCUUCACUCACUUUACACACAAGAAGGACCGCCUGGGUCAUCCCAUUUCGUUCGAGUUCCUUGGCGGCCAACGGAAGGCGCUACAUGACUUCACGGCCCGAGGAGUCACGGAAGACGAAGCUAUUAUGCACCACGUGCGGAUGAUGGAGUUCAUGUGGAACGUGAUCGACCCGCGCCCAUUCCCGGAAGGCAACAUGCUGAAAAUCUACGAUAUCAAGGGCAUUUCCAUGGCUGAUUUGUCGAGUGAUGUGGUCAACUACACAAAGAAAUGGGGCGAGGUGGUCGCGACGUACAAUCCAGAGCGUGUCUACCAGGUUUUCAUCAUCAAUCCGCCUGCGUGGUUUAACCUCAUCUGGAAACUGGUGUCACCACUUGUCAACCCCAAAACUCGUGAGCGAAUCCAUGUACUUCGCGGACACAAGGACAUCACAAAAGCACUGCUGGAGUUUGUCGCCCCAGAGAAUUUGCCGAAGGAAUAUGGCGGAGAGUGUCAGUGCGAGGGUGGGUGCUUCACACACUCCCCCGAAGAAAAUGAUAUUCGUGAGUGGACCGAGUUCGUGAACGCCAAUUACAAUGGAGACGAGAAUGAUCCAGUCCUCAUCGAUGCCUACAACAAACUUUGUGAGAAGUAUCACAAACAACUGCCACCUCCUGGCUCCACCGCCAACGCCACUCCUGUGCUACCAAGCGGGACAACACCUUGAAGCUAGAUAAUUAUUCACAUAGCCGUACAUUGAAGUGGCUGGCACUCAUGCGCAGGACGAACCUUAGGCUUAUGCGCUUGAUUACACGAAAUUAAUUGCUGUCGUUGCUGUCUUCGAGAUGCAUCAAAUCAACUAAAUGGCGGAGAGUCGGUCGACUGUACGAUUCAAAGAAUGCAAGUUAGUUACAGGUACGACACAGCAGGCAAGAUAACGUACCCGUGAGGACAAUUCCACGGCUGGUCCAGUCCGGAAAGGUUACGAACAAUCUGGAAGACAGCAAUAAACCAUCAACACCAUCUGCCAGUACAUGUAUGCACCGCUUUGAUCUCCUUACCUUCUGCAUUUCCUCUUUGUGAAGAGCGGUUCCAAUCAUGAUGGAGCUUCUGCACGCUCGGGACGCAAACAUCGCCAUCACUUUCGGCAAGCGGAUAGUAGCUGGGUUCAACGGUGCAUCCAUGAGGAGCGACGCCAGUUCUCGAAUAUCUGUUGCACAAGUUGCAAAUAAGUCAUAAAUUUCUGACAAAGAGAUAGCACAGCUACCACAUUACCUUCAGUACCGAACUGUGUGUGUUUUGUGAAAGGCAACGACAGCAGCUUCAACUUCUUUGUAGCGGGAGCGUCCUUGUCUACUAGGAAGGUGAAGCCAUUCUUCGCAAAAACAGCCAAGUGGUCCAAGAUGAUCAUUUCUUCUCCAGCUGUCAGCUCUAGCAUUAGUGGGCGGACAAGGGGUUGCUGGUGCAUUACUGUGGUCUGUUGAAGCGUUUCGUAGUUGAAUUUUUCGUCGCUGGCGUGCUGGUCGAUAAUGAACAGGUCAUUGUCCAGCUUGCCAAUGAUAAAGCCAAGGUUGAACUGACCAAGAACUUCCAUGCGCUUGAAAUCCUCUUUCUUAAGCACGCGUUGCAAUGCUGCUGCUGCAAGCUCAUUGUCUGUUUCGACGGCAGUACCAUCGACAGAGGUUGAGCACGUCUUCGGAACCUUGAGGCGGUUGGUCUUACGUUUCCGCUCAUAUUCCACCUCUUCCUCAAAAUACUGUUGCCGCUGUUUGAUCAUCUCGUCAAAAGACCACAUGUACUCUUCAGGCGUUGACGGGGUCGGUUGUGACGGCAUGGAGCAAUAAAGCUUCUGUCGUUUGGCAGACUUCCGCAGAUCCAAUAGGAUCUCUUCCGGGGAUGAUGGCGCGGAUGCAGUACUUGUCUUUGGCGACGAAGAGGGCUUCGGCUCUUGGCGUGCUUUCACCUUCUCUUUCGGAUUACCAGGUACACGAUCUAUGCUUUCGCUCCGUGGAAUUUUUGGCUGGAGAAUUUCGACAAUCACGUGUUUAGGCUUCUGCUCCUCAGCUUCGGGCUUAUUGUCUUGUGAUUGUUCGUUUUGCGAAGCAGCAUUCGUUGGCAUGUCAUCCUCAUCUCGACUUUCCACGGCGGGGAUGCGCUCUGGCUGUCCGGGAGUAUCCUUUUCUGAUGCUUCCAGAGCAGAUUGCUUGGCAGUUUCUUCUGUCUUCGUGGAUCGAGCGAACGCUGUCAUUAAAGGUUGAACUGUAAAUGUUCCUCGACUUGGUUCGUAGAGCUUGUUUAGACCCGUUUUGAAUGCAUCAAUAAUUUCUGCCUCCUGUACGCCAUAACACGAAUACCUAUUAGCGGUGAGGUUAUCGAAUUCCAGAAAUAUGAGCUUACAUGCUUCACAAAUGUCUCGCGUUUGUCCGGAGUAACAUUCACGUCAUAGUCGCCCAAUGGAAGCAGAAAGUUGAGGACGCAUGCUGGCUUUUGUUUCAUUUCAAAUUGCCGCCAAACUUCGUUCAGUGUCUUCGCCAUCUAUGUAGUAUUACAG